AUGAUUGACGAGGAGGAAGAAAAGAAGAAGAGGGGACGCACUCCUGUGGGCAGCCUCACGCCCCAGACCGUCAAGGCCCAACCUCAGGUGAGGGUGGUGGGCUUCCACGUUGGCGGCACAACCGCACCGGCAACUGCCAGCCCCGCUGCCACACCACCUGUGGCCAUUCCCUCGCUCGUCGAGGGAAGCAGCGGCAGCGGUCGGCGCAUCAAGAAGAGCGUGGAUGGGUCGCCCUCGCCUACUUCCUCCCUUGGGCAUAGCCUCGAGGGCCUCAAGGAGUACAAGAGCCAGCUGGACGGGUGGUCGGCGAGCGGUGGAGGCGCUCUCGAGCGGCGAACCCCGCCCUCUUCGAGCCCCAGCGCCGAAGAUCGCAAGCAGACGACACUGGUGGGUCCAAAGCCAACGACGUCAUCGAGCUUCGAGGCCAAGCCAUCAAUGUCGCCCACGCGCCAUUCCUCCUACCAGCCUCUCGCGUCCCCCUCCGCCUCUUCGAAGCCAAUGACUCCUCCUCUCCAACACCCUUCUUCGGUUCUCGUUGGCAGCGGACCCACUGCGACCAAGGCCUCUGCCAAGGCCCCUGCUUCGCUCGCCAAGGCCCCCUCAGGAAAGGCGCCCUCGCAAGACAGCGAUAGUGGCCACGAUCACGAUCACGGAGGCAGUGACGACGACGAUGCUCGCACGUCGGGUCACCACGAAACCGCCAAAAAACCGCUCACUCGCGCGGAACGACGCGCCAUUCAGACACUCAGUGCCGCGCCCGUAUCGAUGGGACCUUACAGGAAGCUCAGCGGGCGGCCAAACAAGCCCGCCUCGGCGCGCAGAAAUCAGGCCAGCCUGCCGCUCCGGCGACGAAAGGCAGCAGUAAAGGCGCUUCAGCUGGAACAGCCCCCAGCGCCCCUCCUCAUGCCACUGCCCUCUCUGGUGAGGCCUAGCGCAGGCGGACGAAAGCCUGCCAUCGCUCCGGGAGGAUCAGCAGCGGGUUCCAAGAUCAAACAGUAUGACGACCCCAAGCAGAAGGCGCAGGCCACCAAGCAGUCGGUGGUAGCCUUGGAGGAGAGCAAGAAGCAGGUCGCGCUCUUCUCUCACUUGCCCCAGUUCGAGCGACACACCACUUUGUCCAUGAAAAUCGGCUUUUCGCCGAGCGAGAAGAUUCACCCGGCGAUUGUCAACCUGGGCCUCAAGUAUGCCAGCGGCACGGUGGCCGGUUCCAACUCCCGGUGUGUGGCCAUGCUCACCGCCUUUAAGAAGGUGAUUCGAGACUUCCAGACACCUCCUGGCACGGCCUUGCACCGUACGUUGGAACCGCACCUCAAGCCGCAGAUCCAAUUCUUGACCGAUUGUCGACCGCAUUCCAUCUCGAUGGGCAACGCCAUCAAUUACAUCAAGCGUGAGAUACCCAAGACCCAAAGCAUGUCGGACGAAGAAGCCAAGGAGUUUCUGAUGCGCAGGAUAGAGACUUUCAUCGAGGAGAGAAUUGUGCUGGCUGACCUAGCCAUCGCCACGUACGGCGUCUCCAAAAUCAACGAUGGCGAUGUGGUCCUGACCUACGCUGCGUCACACCCGGUGGAGUGUGUUCUCAAGCAGGCCCAUGCCGAAGGGAAGAAAUUCCGAGUCAUCCUCGUGGAGUCAACCCCGAAACGGGAGGCGAAGAAUCUCAUGCAAAAGCUCGUCAAGGAAGGGAUUCACUGCACGCUGGUCUUGCUCAACGCUGUCUCCUAUGCCAUGAAAGAGGUGACGAAAGUGUUCUUGGGUGCCUACACCCUCCUGGUCAAUGGCCAUCUCAUGUCCCGAGCUGGCACAGCCAUGGUGGCAAUGGUGGCGAAUGCGUACAACGUUCCUGUCAUCGUGUGCUGCGAGACCUACAAAUUCUGUGAGCGAGUACAGAUAGACUCAAUCUGCUUCAACGAGCUGGGCGAUCCUGAUGAGCUUAUUGCAACUGCUGAGGGCAACACUGGGCGCACUGAGGCACUGAAGGACUGGCGGAACAAUGAACACCUGAAGCUGCUCAACCUUGUGUAUGAUGUGACACCAAGCACAUUCAUCACCAUGGUGGUCACUGAAGUUGGCAUGAUCCCUCCCACAUCUGUCCCUGUCAUUCUGAGGGAGUACCCCCUUCAGUCUAUGGAACAGAUGCAAGGGUAG